CUUGAAUAUUGACCACAUUCCACUAAACAACCUUUAGCCAGCCAGCAUGCUGAUGUGUGAGAUCUCACUACAAACAGUAACAAGGCAGUGUACCCUGGUGUUAUGGAGGUACUACAUAUAGAGAGGACAUGUGAAAUGCAAACAGUGCAUUCCAGCCCUCAGCGUGUUCUCUGUCAGGGUCCCGGGUUAAAGAACAGAAAAUUCUCCAGGAACACACCAAGAGCUACAGGAGUGGAAUAAAUUGCUGCAGGAUCGGCUGGUUUCCAGGGCCUCGUUUCUUGAAUAUUGACCACAUUCCACUAAACAACCUUUAGCCAGCCAGCAUGCUGAUGUGUGAGAUCUCACUACAAACAGUAACAAGGCAGUGUACCCUGGUGUUAUGGAGGUACUACAUAUAGAGAGGACAUGUGAAAUGCAAACAGUGCAUUCCAGCCCUCAGCGUGUUCUCUGUCAGGGUCCCGGGUUAAAGAACAGAAAAUUCUCCAGGAACACACCAAGAGCUACAGGAGUGGAAUAAAUUGCUGCAGUGACCAUGCCUCGCUUCCCGCUUGUCCUAUGCGUGCUUGUGCUCGGACUCAUCUGCCUGUCAGGUGCUGAAGAGAGCCAAGCUGAGUCCAGGGAAAAGCGGGACAUGCCAAACUGGCCGCUGACCUCCUCAGACUUUUUCGGCUGGAUCGAAGAGCUGCGCAGUCAUGCUGGCUAUGACAAAAUCGACGAGCUGGCAAAAACCUUCUGGGCUCAUUUUCCCUCGGCUAGUCGUCUGGGCUACGAUUCCCCGGCUCCUGAAGAAUGAUGACGUGUGUGAUGUUUUUUCUGUGCAACAACACUAACGCGGUCUAAACUGCUACCACUUUUCAGAAAUUCCUGCCUAUUUUGAAGUUCCAUUAAUGAUUGUCAAACUGUCUUUGACAUUACAGCACAUGUCCGGCCGCUAUGUCUACCACUAGACAGAGGAGGCAAAGUUUAAACGUUAGAGUUUAAAAAAAAUAAAAAACAGAUUCAGCAUUGUUAAGCAUGCAAUAAAUAUGUGAUAAAUGUG